AUGGUACAGGCGGUUACCUUACGAUUAUCUCUGGAAACUCUGAAAACUGCUACAGACGGUGACCAGGUGUUGCAAGGAAACUGUUUAUAUGCAUCAACCCUGGGUUUUGUUGAUCGGAGGGCUCCCUCUCAUGGUGAUGAUAUGGCAUAUUUACUCUUGUAUGUUGAUGAUAUUAUUUUAGCUACCUCAUCUAACAGGUUGCGUGCAUGGAUCAUAUCUCAGUCGCAAAUUGAGUUCCCUAUGACAGAUUUGGGUCAUUUGAGCUAUUUUAUGGGCAUAGCAGUGACCCGAAAACCUUCUUAUUUGCUACUUUUUCAGGAAAAGUACACACAGGAGAUUUUAGAGCGAGCGUGCAGGCCAGAUAUUUCCUAUGCGUUACAACAGGUGUGUCUUUUUAUGCAUGAUCCUCGGGAACCUCACUAUGAGGCAUUGAAACGCAUUAUGCGUUAUGUUCAGGGUUUGAUUGAUCAUGGUUUACAUUUAUAUCCUACUGCUUCUCAUCGCUUGAUUACUUACACUGACGCUGAUUGGAGAGGUCGUCCCGAUACCCGUCGUUCCACAUCGGGGUAUUGUUGUUUUCUUGGGGACAACCUCGUGUCCUGGUCAUCUAAGCGUCAACAUACAUUAUCUAAGUCGAGUACAGAAGCAAAAUAUCGAGGUGUCGCAAAUUUUGUCUCUGAGGCGUGUUGGCUUUGUAAUCUUUUACUUGAGUUACAUUGUCUUCUACGGCAGGCUACUAUCGUUUAUUGUGAUAAUGUCAGUGCUAUCUACCUUUCUGGCAACCUGGUACAACACCAACGCACCAAACAUGUGGAGAUGGAUAUUCAUUUUGUUCGAGAAAAGGUUGCUUUGGGACAAGAUCGGGUUCUCCAUGUUCCUACUAGAUAUCAGUUCGCGGACAUUUUCAUUAAAGGCCUACCACGAGAAUUAUUUCUGGAAUUCAGGUCCAGUCUUAGCGUACGACCUCCUCCCGUUACGCCUGCGGGGGUGUGA